GAUCUCCUGUACAGCUCCUCUAUCGCUUGGACUGCUCAACCUGCAACGCCAAGAUCAACAAUGUCCACCACGACGUACUCACCAUCGAUGAAGUGGGGAUCUUUACCUCCAGAGAUCAGAUGCAUGAUCCUCAAAGCGUUGAUCGACGAGGGAAACGCGGCAUACUGCGCCACUGUAUGUCAAGAAUGGCGAACUGCCAUCGAAAAACACAACUUCCAUUCUCUCACUCUUACAUCCAAGGACAUGCCCAUCAUUGAGUCAAUAGAUUCACACACAUUUAGCCUCAUUCGCUAUAUCUGGUACCGUAUCGAGCUCGAAGAGUACGGUUGUCCAGCCUGUGACCUAUAUGAAUCUGAAGAGGAGCUCGAAAUCAACAAAAGAAUCGUGAGAAGCUCGCUAUAUGAGAUGCUAGACGCACUCAGCAAGCAUCCACUACGUGGGCAUCUGACACUCGAUAUCACUAUAUUCUCUCCUUCCGAUUUGCAGCAUCACUUCCAGUACCUAAGUUUCGAACCCGCAACCGCACUCUACUCAAGGAAACAGCCGCAACCCGAACCUCGCAGCCGCUCGGGACAUGGCCCAAUCUCGGUAAAUUCACUUGUUGGGCCCAUAACCAGACUUUUUUCAACAAGGGAGGAUUAUGAUCUUGAUAAUGACCGUAGUUGGUCCUCCAUGCCCCAAGCUCCCUGCGUUACCCGUCUACUGCUGCGACGGCAGACGCGCCGUCAAUGGUAUCCAAUAAACGUCGGAGACCUGCUAAACUGUCUCCCAAACACAGAUGAGUUGUUCUAUGAGCCAUGGCGGGGAUGGUGGGGGUUCUCAUAUCCUUCCGUAAAAAUAUCUUUGAGACUCUUCUUGAGGCAAAUGAUAUCCAACAUCAAGAAAUUAACUAUAUUCCUGAAUUCGCCUGAGCCAAUGGUAUCUGCACAUAUGCCCGGUAUCGAUGCUUCCUGGGAGCAGGGUAUGAUAAUAAAUCACGCGCCGAGCCCAGACGUCACUGAGUACGUCGCCGAAGCGAGCCUUGGUUUGCAACAUCUAUCAGUGGCGUUUUUAGUUGACGCGCGUUUGUUUUGGCAGAAUUGCCAGCAAACUUGGACAUGGGACCAACUCACCACAAUAUCACUCACCUCUCGCGACCUUGUGCCGAAUCAAGCACGAGAGAAGAUCAGCAACUUGUUUUGCGCGGCAGCACAAACAUCUAAGAAGAUGUCGAAGCUUCAGAUUAUGGAGCUCUGGAAUGCAGACUCAGAACAUGCCGCUGUUUUUCGGUACAAGAGUGGCAAAGCUGAUAGCAGCAUCACCUGGAAGGGUAAUUGGGAAUUGAACUUCGAGCCCAGGGUCAUCGAGGCAUGGAAAGUUGCCGAAGGUCUUGGUCGCACUGAAUACUUGUCAGUUCACGAAGAGUUGGUGGAGCUUCCCCAGCUUCGAUCUCAAGGGGAUGCAAUAUUUGGACUAGGACUUGAGAUCGAGGUAGCGUGCGCUGUUUCGGUCCAACAGAUGCGGAAAGAACACUUGCCACCUACCCUAUUCUCAUCCUGA